AUGCCGAGAGCGCAGGCAGGCGUCCUCAUCGAGUGCAGCGAUCCGACAGUCAAGCAGCUCAUCCUCAAGCUGGACGAACAGGCAGGCCAUACCAUCUUGCUGGAAGACCUCGACGCCUACCGCAUCCUCGUCACGAAAAAUCAGGUUGAUCACGUUCGCAGAGAGCUUGAUCGCCUGCUAGAGGAGAACACCUAU